AUGUGGACGCGGGGCGCGCGGACGCGGGCGGGCGGCGCGGGAGACGAACGACGGCGCCGCGGUGCGGCUAGGUGCGGAUCCGCCGACGCCGACGACGCGCGCGCCGGCCGUUGGUCAUCGCGCGGGAGCGUCAGGGGGGGUGAGGUGAUCGAACACGCGGGAGACGUCGUGGUGAAGGGGGACGUCGAGCGAGACGGAGCGGUGCGCGCGCGCGGCGACGUCUUCGUCUGGGGAUCGCUCCGGGGGGAGGUGGAGAUCGAUCUCGGUGAGGAUGGUGAUGAUGCAGAGGUGCGGGCGUUGGAUAUGCGUCCGGAGGUGCUGCGGAUCGGUAAGGCGGUGAUGGACGCGCCGGCGCACCUGUUGGUCGCGGACGCCGUCGACGGACGACCGCUUCGGGCGCGCCCCGAGAUUGCGCGCGAGCGAGACGGGAAGAUUGUCAUCGGUGGGAUGAAACCGUUGACGACGAGCGAGACCGCGAACGAUCCCGCGCGCGCGGUGAGGAAAUCGGCCAAGGUCACCGGCGCGUACAUCGGUUUGGUCGGCGUCGCGCUUCUCGCGCGUCCGCGAGCGGUGUUCUCCCUCCUCUUCAACGCGUUGGAGAUCUCGUCGGUUUGGAUACGCGUUUUCGGUGUUCUGUGCGUCACGUUCGGGAUCUGGUACACGGUCGUCCCUUCGCUCGAGUCCAAGGGGAUCUCGUUAUCGUAUUAUCGAGCGAGCGUCUUCGGCCGCGCGUGGGUCUUCGCCUCCCUCGUCGCCAUCGCCGUCCUCGAACCCUCCGCGCGCCUCGGACUGAUUCUCUUAGGUUCCAUCAACGCGUUGUCCGCGUUCGUCAUGCAUCGCGCCAUCGCGUGCGUCGAUAGAUGA